AUGCCCCUGGCGCAACAGAACAUCAACCGUUCAUCUCAAGCCUACGACCAGAGCGUUCUUUCCAAGAUUGGAAAGUCGAACUCGCCUCCACGACAUCAAAGGUCAGGUUCGACUGAAUCCACUACCUACGCACAGAAGCUUUCUCUACAAAUCAAGGAUUCCAAAGGACUAGUCCCAUCCACCAAUGAGCGUUCAGCGGCGUCUUUUGACCCGAUAUCCAGAUGGGUCACCAGCCCAGUAUCAGCUGGGGUGUCACCGGGUGCAAGGCCUGGUUGGCGUGACUAUAACAUGGGCCACCGAAGUCCCUCCAUGGACAGUGCAGCCACAAGCCUUGUGCUGGAUCCCGAGCUGUUCGUCCAGCCUCGACCUAGCGGCCUCACCUCAUCCACUGGCUCCCUCCCGGGAAAUGACGAUGCAGCCAGUUUGGUCAGUCAAUCUCAACGUCGCAGCUAUGAUCAAGGCAUCUAUGCAGAAUCCGAGUCUGACACCGGUAAUGACGAGGGCCACGCUUUUCGCAACCUGAACCUAAGUGACUCACAACAGCAAGUGGGCCGACGAUCCUCUAAGCAGGGUAUGAAGCGGCGAGCGCGGUCGCCUCCUCCCGAUGUGUCUCGGGAGGACAAAUCCCCAUCACGUGGAACUGCGGCCGAAUUAUUUCAGAAAAUUAAUGCAACUUCCUACACGCACUCACCGGUCUCUCGAUACCAGCCCAAGCAUGGCUCCGUCUCGUCCACUUCUUCCAGCGUCCGACACAAUUCAUACGCCUCUUCCAUCGCCCUUUCAAUUGCAGGCAGUUCUAUGACCAGCAUCUCUUCUUUUGACCGACUGUCACCGCUAGAUCCUAGUCAACCUACAUAUAUAACCUCGGCUUUACCUGUUUCUAGCCCUGCCACAUCAGUCCCUCCCUCCAGAAAUCUGCCGGCACAGCCAACUCUAGAUGCUCACUCUCCUAGCCAAAAAAUGUCUUUACAAACUGCUGUAAAUGAUAGCAGACUCCCGCCUGCCACCCGGAUCGGUAAUUAUUUUAUGUGCGAUUGUUGUCCUAAGAAACCUAGAAAGUUUGACACCGAGGAGGAAUUAAGAGCACACCAAAUGGAAAAGCAAUACACCUGCCAGUACUGUAAUAACCGCUUCAAGAACAAAAACGAAGCUGAGCGACAUCAAAACUCGUUACAUUUGAGACGUCACUCGUGGUCGUGUGCAGCCAUUGCAACUUACGAGGCCGCUUUUCAUCCAACAACACCACCGACUGCUUCUACACCGACCUCUCAGACCGACUCAUGUGGUUAUUGUGGUGAGGAAUUCCCCAAUCAUCCUCAACCGGAUUGGAAUCGCCGCAUUGAACAUCUUACCAAUGUGCAUAAAUUUGGAGAAUGCAACCAGGCGAAGAAAUUCUUUAGAGCCGAUCAUUUUAGACAACAUCUCAAACAUAGCCACGCUGGACAAAGUGGUAAGUGGACUAACAUGCUGGAAACUGUUUGUCUGCGAGAAGAGUUUCCACAGGACAAUGCAGGCAUCUCACCGACUGGAAGUGAAUCAAGUCCAGGUCGCGGACCUAGCAGUCUCCCAGAUCCGCCCAUGGGUGGUGCCACGAUCAACGAGAGCCACGAUGAGACAUGA